AUGUCACCGCCGGAGCCUUUCAUCGUUAUCACUCGGGUGCCCAUCCCGGCUUCGCUUCCACCAGCCGCCGUUCUCGCAUCCCUCCAAACCUACGAAGCCCUGAUCAAGCCAAACCCCUACCUUGACCGAUACGAACGGCGCCCUGUGGAACCGGAUGAGGUGGCGAACGACCCCUUUUUCCCCAAGGACGGCCAGGAACUACAAGCCUACGUCGUCUACGACCGUGUGCCCAUCAUCCCGGGCGUCGGGUCCUGGGCGACUAAAGAGGUGGCCAUCCCGUGCGCGUUCCAGAGAUUUGAGCACGGCGUCCGGUGCUGCGCCCACGCUCAGGGCGGUGUUACGGUGCGGAGCAGCUACGAAGUCAGACGGCGAGGAGAGGUUACGGACGGCCCUGGGCUGGUCGUGGGGCCCGACAGCGGAGAUUACGAGCUGGUCGAUAUUUCCAGCAUCGAGUGUGGCGCCCUGGUGAAACCGUUUGUCAAGAUGCGGUUCUCGAGUGCCCAUCAGGAACUUCUGGAGCAGGUGGUGAAAAACCUCAUGCAGCCGAGCGGAGAGCAAAGCGGCAAUGCCUAG